ACAGCUCGCUGAGUGGACAACCUUAUAGCAAGGAUCCAUUGAUUUCCUCUACAACUUUCUGAUAGUCCCCUUUAAAUUGAAGCCCGUUUCCUUUCCCUUUGCUGCGAUUGUCCCUCUUCGUCCUAACUCACAACAUCGCGCAUACAUACCCACACCGGAACAAGUUCUUGACACAAUGUUCGGCAACAGUCUGUUCAGCUGGUUCAGCUCCUCCAAGAAGGAGGAAGCGCCCCAGACUACCUGGGACCCGACCACAUUGACCAUGGUCCAACCUCAGAGCCCCGAGUCUCCUUCCACCAACGCUGUUGUUGCUGAGCAGCCCACGCCCGAUAACCAGAUGAACAUGCAGCUGCGUGGUGGCGGUCCUCCCCCUGGGCCUGGUGAUGAUUGUUGCUGCUGCCUCGACUGCUUCUGCUGCUGUGGGGACUGCUGCGGUCCCGAUGGCCCCCCUGGUGGCUUUGGCGGCCCCGGCGGCCCCGGCGGUGGUCCUGGAGGUCCUGGAGGCCCUGGAGGGGCAGGUGGCCCCGGCGGUCCUGGCGGCUGGUAAGAAUGGCUUCGAUGCGA